UGUUGUGGAGGAGCAGGAGGAUGCUGAGGAUGCUGCUGCUGCUGAGGAUGCUUCCCCUCCGGAUGGCUGGGGAAUGAGAGCAAGGAGGAAGGGAGGAAGAGGAGGAGGCGAGGGGGAAGGCCGGUCCUCCUAGAGGCAGGCAGGCAGGCAGAGCUCCCUGGCUUUUGUGUGCGCUGCUGUGCAGUGUGUGCAGGGUGUGUGUGUGGGGAGUUGGGCUGGCCUUUGGGCUGGGCGGGGAAGGGAUAACGGAGCUAGACCCAGCGCUUGCACUGCAGUGGGAGUAGCAGGAGAGUGGUGGCCCUGGGUGCUUCGAGAGGGAGAGAGCCCAUGCCAUGGGCAACGCCGGGAGCAUGGACGCCCAGCAGACGGAGUUCAGGGCGCACCACAUGCCGCUCAAGCUGCCCAUGCCGGAGCCCGCCGAGCUGGAGGAGCGCUUCGCCGUCGUCCUGAAUGCAAUGAACUUGCCUCCUGACAAAGCAAGGCUACUCCGGCAGUACGACAAUGAGAAAAAAUGGGAAUUGAUCUGCGAUCAGGAAAGAUUUCAAGUCAAGAAUCCUCCUCAUACAUAUAUACAGAAGUUAAAAGGCUAUCUUGAUCCAGCUGUAACAAGAAAGAAAUUUAGGAGAAGAGUUCAAGAAUCUACACAAGUUUUACGAGAAUUAGAAAUAUCUUUAAGAACCAAUCAUAUUGGAUGGGUCAGGGAAUUUUUGAAUGAAGAAAAUAAAGGCCUAGAUGUUUUGGUAGAAUAUUUGUCAUUUGCACAAUAUGCAGUCACCUUUGACUUUGAAAGCUUGGAAAACAAUAUGGAAAAUUCAGUGGAAAAAUCUAAACCUUGGAGCCGUUCCAUUGAAGAUCUUCAUCGAGGAAGUAACUUGCCUUCUCCUGUUGGAAAUAGUAUUUCUCGGUCUAGCAGGCAUUCUACGCUGAGGUAUAACACUUUACCAAGCAGGAGAACACUUAAAAAUUCAAGAUUAGUGAGUAAAAAGGAUGAUGUUCACGUCUGCAUCAUGUGUUUGCGUGCCAUCAUGAAUUACCAGUACGGAUUCAAUAUGGUCAUGUCGCACCCCCAUGCUGUUAAUGAAAUUGCACUAAGCCUGAACAACAAGAAUCCCAGAACAAAGGCUCUGGUCUUGGAACUGUUGGCAGCAGUUUGUCUCGUGAGAGGAGGACAUGAAAUCAUUUUAUCUGCCUUUGAUAAUUUUAAAGAGGUUUGUGCAGAAAAACAGCGCUUUGAGAAGCUGAUGGAACAUUUUCGAAAUGAAGAUAACAAUAUAGAUUUCAUGGUGGCGUGCAUGCAGUUCAUUAACAUAGUUGUUCACUCAGUUGAAGACAUGAAUUUCAGAGUUCACCUCCAGUAUGAGUUUACAAAACUAGGAUUGGAUGAAUAUUUGGAUAAGCUGAAACACACAGAAAGUGAUAAGCUGCAGGUGCAGAUUCAAGCUUACCUGGACAAUGUCUUUGAUGUGGGAGCUUUACUUGAAGAUGCUGAGACCAAGAAUGCUGCCUUGGAAAGAGUGGAAGAACUGGAAGAAAAUAUCUCUCAUUUAUCAGAAAAACUUCAAGACACAGAAAAUGAAGCUAUGGCAAAGAUUGUUGAACUGGAAAAGCAACUCAUGCAAAGAAACAAAGAACUGGAUGUUGUUCGAGAAAUUUACAAAGAUGCAAAUACACAGGUUCACACACUCAGAAAAAUGGUGAAAGAAAAAGAGGAAGCCAUUCAGCGACAGUCCACACUGGAGAAAAAGAUCCAUGAACUGGAGAAGCAAGGGUCUAUUAAAAUUCAGAAGAAAGGCGAUGGUGACAUCAACAUUCUUCCUGUUGGGGUGGCUUCUGGGACAUUGCCCUCAGGAUCAGAAGUUGUGACUGGUACUGGUGGGGGUUCAGUCUCUGGCACAACGCCUUCUGUUUCAUUGCCGCCACCCCCACCUCCCUUGCCGCUGUCAGCAGAAGAGUCAGAAACCGUGCAAAAUGGCCCAAUGACAGCACCAGUGCCUCCACCCCCUCCACCCCCGCCCCCUCCACCCCCUCCUCUUCCUGGUCCAGCUGCAGAACCAGUACCGGCACCCCCAAUCGCACCCCCACCCCCACCGUCAGCACCCCCUCUUCCAGGGACAGCCUCCCCCACAGUAGUUUUCAACUCAGGAUUAGCAGAUGGGCCAAUCAAGCUUUUCUCUGUGAAAAUCAAGAAGCCAAUUAAGACAAAGUUCCGCAUGCCAGUAUUUAACUGGGUAGCUCUGAAACCCAAUCAGAUUAAUGGAACAGUCUUCAAUGAAAUUGACGAUGAAAGGAUCUUGGAGGAUUUAAAUGUGGAUGAAUUUGAAGAAAUAUUUAAGACAAAAGCCCAAGGCCCAGCCAUCGAUCUUUCUUCAAGCAAGCAAAUAACUCAGAAAGGAUCAAACAAAGUAACGCUGUUGGAAGCAAAUAGAGCUAAAAACCUUGCUAUCACAUUAAGAAAAGCUGGGAAGACAUCUGAUGAGAUAUGCAAGGCUAUUCAGGCAUUUGAUUUGAAGACCCUUCCUGUAGAUUUUGUUGAAUGCCUAAUGAGGUUCUUGCCCACGGAAAAUGAAGUGAAAAUGUUGCGGCUUUAUGAGCGGGAGAGGAAACCCCUCGAGAACCUGUCAGAUGAGGAUCGGUUCAUGAUGCAGUUCAGCAAGAUCGAGAGGCUGAUGCAGAAGAUGACCAUCAUGGCAUUCAUUGGCAACUUUGCAGAAAGCAUCCAGAUGCUGACUCCUCAACUUCAUGCAAUAAUUGCAGCAUCUGUCUCUAUAAAGUCAUCUCAGAAGCUCAAGAAAAUCUUAGAGAUAAUCCUGGCUCUGGGUAACUAUAUGAACAGCAGUAAACGAGGAGCUGUUUAUGGAUUUAAAUUGCAAAGCUUGGAUCUGUUACUAGAUACAAAAUCAACAGACAGAAAACAAACCCUAUUGCACUAUAUAUCAAAUGUUGUGAAGGAGAAAUAUCAACAAGUAUCACUUUUUUACAAUGAACUUCACUAUGUGGAGAAAGCUGCUGCAGUAUCACUUGAAAAUGUUCUAUUGGAUGUAAAAGAACUCCAAAGAGGUCUAGACCUAACGAAACGUGAAUACACCAUGCAUGAUCACAAUACCAUGCUGAAGGAAUUCAUUCAGAACAAUGAAGGGAAACUAAAGAAGUUACAGGAUGAUGCAAAAAUUUCCCAGGAUGCCUUUGAUGAUGCUGUGAAAUAUUUUGGAGAGAAUCCCAAGACAACACCACCAUCUGUCUUCUUUCCAGUCUUUGUCCGAUUUGUGAAGGCUUACAAGCAAGCUGAAGAGGAAAAUGAACUGAGGAAAAAGCAAGAGCAAGCAUUAAUGGAAAAACUUCUGGAACAGGAAGCCUUGCUGGAACAACAAGACCAAAAGUCUCCAUCUCAUAAAACAAAGAGACAGCAGCAAGAGCUGAUUGCAGAGCUCAGGAGGCGGCAAGUCAAGGACAACAGGCAUGUGUAUGAGGGGAAGGAUGGUGCCAUUGAAGACAUCAUCACAGCCUUAAAGAAGAAUAAUAUCACUAAAUUUCCAAAUGUUCACUCGAGGGUAAGGAUUUCUUCUAGCACACCGGUGGUGGAGGAUACACAGAGCUGAUCUUAGAAACCAGCCCUACAGACGAGCCGAUGCGGUGAGGAGAAGCGUCAGGCGGCGUUUUGACGACCAGACUUUGCGUGCUCUUAAUGGUGCUGAAAUAACCAUGUGAGCUGGACUGAGGAAACCUGCAUGUGUAAAGUAGAAAGUGUACUUGAUCGCUUCCUUCCCAUGUGAACUCUCUUUGCGCUACCAUUUUAAUUAUGGCCUUGAUCACAGUACAUUAACUUAUCUUCUGAAGGGCUCUGUAAUGACAGAAAACGCAUAGGAACAAGGGGGAAAAUAUGGGCUCUCCACAUAACUGUAGCUACCAAGUGCCUAAAUUUCAAGUACCUGCUCAAAUUAAUCAAAGCAAUAGGACUUUAUUUGAUUGGGUAUCUUUUUACGCAAGUAAAUUUGUUCUGUGUUUUUAACCAAAAUGUAAAAUACAUAUUGUAUUUUUUGUUGUUACAUACAAUUUAGUAAGUAGCCUUCAGUAGGCUUUCUUGAUACCAUGACCAGUUGUAAAUAGGCAAUACUUUGAUGUGAGAUGCUGUGGAUUUUUCAUUAUUAUUAUUAUUGUUAUUGUUAUUAUUAUUAUUAUUUCAGUACAUUCCUGGACGGUUUGAGAAAUUAACUCUGAACUUCAGCUGCACUUAUUAGUGUUCUAUAGGCAUAUGCAUAUGUAUGUAUAUGUAUACAUAAGAACAGAAAAUACAAAGUUACAGGGAGGGAAGAACCCUGUUAAAAUAAACUGCACCUGUAAGAAAAUUUUGUAGUUGUAAGCUGAGGGAAAACAUCCACACUCACAAAAAGGAUGAAGUAGAUUUGAGUACAGUUUACAAAAGUUAAAUGUUCAUUGGGAUAAGAAAGGAUUGCAUAGUGGGACUUCUACUGUAAAUAGGAUGUGGGUAAUGCAAGGCUCAUAUGACAUACGUACUUAACUACUUUCAGUUCCAGAUUCUACCCAGUAUAUACCAGUGGGCAGCACAGGUAUUGCUGAGAAGUUUGAACACAUUGUGAACACAGAAUGAUGUAUGAAACUCCGGCUAUUGUGUUCUUCAGGUAGAGCAGCUUUUGGGUAACUUUUAUUAUUUAUUAAUUAGCACUAAGAUAUUAACUUCUCAGUAAUCAGUAUUAGAAUUCCUGAGGACUGUAAACUGUUCAGUUGUCAGAACAGUGAAAACCUGGUGCCCUACUUUAAAAAAUCAGGAUGCCUUCCAUGCACAACUUUCUGUCUUCAUUCUGCACAGAAUAGAGAUUCAGGAGCCAGCUGUUUGUGCCUCACAAUAAUCCAGGUUGGAUCAGGAUAUAAGGAGCUAUCUCAAUUGAGUCACGGCAUAUAUUUCCAAGCCUAAAAUGGAACUUCUUUAUUCCAGUCCACUCAAAAGUGUGAACCAAGACUAAGUAAGAUGUACAGACUUUUAAAUAUAUCUGCACUGUGUUUCUUUCAAUCAACAUUUGGAUGUCAAAGGGGAUGCACAAGCCAUUGUAAAUAAUGCAGUGCAAAAGGACAUAUUCCUUUGAAAAAAUGAUUUAUGCUGGUUGAAAUCCUUCUCCAAGUGCUUAUAUUUUCAGCCUAGAGCCAAUUCAGACAUCUCAAAUUCAGGUUUUAAUCUCCUAUACAUUCAUAUAUUUCAACAAGGCAGGGCACCUGAUUAGUUCAGAAGUCAGAAACUGGAAGUUAAGGGGAUACCUUGCUUACUGCUUACCUUUGCUAAUAGCACUGCAACACUAUGUUAAUUGUAAAAUUUAAUGUAUAGUAUUUAACCACUUAAUUCUUUUCUAUUUUAUGUUGUGCUUAUGUGAACCACUGGUAAAAGUCCCAUAUUCCUUUGAUAAUGUGUAGCUAUAUGAUAAUGUUUUUAAAUGUACAGAUAUUUUGCUACAAAAUUGGUGCUUUUUUAUGGUUUUUACACUUCUCUUUAAUUCCCACUCUAGCCUCGGGGUAAUAUUGUAAAUAUUGUCUAAAAUGCAUCGGCCUGUGCUAUACAAUCUGAAUGUUAUUUUAACUUAUAGUUUUGUUUUUAUAUUUAACUAAAUGGACAGUUUGGGGCUCAGAGGUUAUUACACUGAUAUCUGCUUACCUAUUUACAGAAAGUUUAUUUUAAACAACGGACAAUAGCAUUCUCAAUUUACAGCAGUGCGCUUGACUUGCUAAGGAGAACAUGCCACCAUUACACUUUUUUUCUUCACUGCCAGAUGAGUAGUUUGACUUGGAUAUCCCUAUUUAAGCACCCUUAAUUUGGUAACAGCAGUGAAACUGCUGCCAGAACUCAAAACAUAUCAAAAUGGUUACAAGUGAGCAAGUAGGCUGUAAUAUUGGCAUGUUCUCUUUGAUAUUUUAUCUAGUAAUAGAUCUGCUUUUUAGCAAUAUCAUAGAUGUUUUUUUAAGCAGUUCAUGUUACUUUUCUGAUCUGUUCAUGGCAUAUGAUUGAAUAAACUAUUUACACUA